CUCUCAAGGAGUGGAUUGGACACUUACUGUACCUGCAGCGCGUGGCUGUUAACCACUCUUUCAUUUGAUCGCUCUGCACCUGACUGAUUUCCGGACUAAGCCUAGAGGCGGGAGACUUCCACCCCCAAACCCUCGAUCCUCUGCGGCUCUGACGACACUCGUCUCCCUCAGGACAGGACAGUGACUCCUCUGCCUCUGCCAGGACAAGGACUUUUGGAGAGGAGAGGUGGUGGAGAGAGAGAGAGAGGGGAGAACACAGGACAGGACAGGACAGGAUGGGGCUUCAAAUGUGAGACGAUUUGCCCAAUCCGUUCUGCAGCCUGCGAGGUUGAGAAAGUCAAUUUGAGGAACGGAAGCGUCAACUCCAGCUCUUUGCAUUUUUGGUGACGUCCAAGCUUUUGCGGUCUCCUUGAAGGAAGACGUCAGCAGCAGUGUACCCUCAGCUUACCCACAGUGCUGCACCCUUCUUUCUUGGUGUAAUAGGGGGUGUUCUCUCUUGUUGGGGUGCUCCAUCUGUGUGUCCAGUGACGUGACACCCCUUCUUCCGACACACACACACACACACACACUUUUGUGCUACCCGCCUGCCCCAACAAAGGGGCGGUUAAGGAGUUUGGUCCACCACACACCGUAACGACGAGCAGUCCGGUCCAGCGGUGUCGGCGAGAUCAUGCAGGUGUCGUUUGUGUGCACGGACCACCGGGCGGUGAGCCGCAGCACGGAGGACCGCUUGAACCGGCAGAACGCCAACAGCCCCACCACCAAGAGCAAGUUCCGCGCCGUGGCCAUGGUGGCACGCAGCCUGGGCCAGCUGUCCGUGCAGAACCAGCCCUCCUCCAGCGAGCAGUGCUUGAAGACUGGCAUGAAAUAUAGAAACCUUGGGAAAUCAGGUCUAAGAGUCUCCUGCCUUGGAUUAGGAACAUGGGUCACGUUUGGCGGCCAGAUCACAGACGAAAUGGCAGAACAGCUGAUGACGGUGGCGUAUGAAAACGGGAUCAAUCUGUUUGACACAGCCGAGGUCUACGCUGCGGGGAAGGCAGAAAUGGUGCUGGGCAGUAUCAUAAAGAAGAAAGGAUGGAGGCGUUCCAGUCUGGUCAUCACCACCAAGAUCUACUGGGGUGGAAAAGCAGAAACAGAACGAGGACUGUCAAGAAAACACAUCAUAGAAGGUUUGCGAGCAUCACUGGAACGACUACAGCUAGAGUAUGUGGACGUGGUGUUUGCGAACAGACCGGACCCCAACACACCGAUGGAAGGAGAUCCAUUUAACACCUCAAAAUCAAGAACAUUCAUCAUAGAAGAGACGGUGCGUGCAAUGACCCAUGUAAUCAACCAGGGCAUGGCAAUGUACUGGGGCACCUCGCGGUGGAGCUCGAUGGAGAUCAUGGAAGCGUACUCGGUGGCGCGGCAGUUCAACCUCAUCCCACCCAUCUGUGAACAGGCCGAGUACCACAUGUUCCAGAGAGAGAAGGUGGAAGUGCAGCUGCCUGAGCUCUUCCACAAAAUAGGGGUCGGGGCGAUGACGUGGUCCCCACUGGCCUGUGGGAUCAUCUCGGGCAAAUAUGAUAGCGGCGUGCCCACCCACUCGCGCGCCUCGCUCAAGGGCUACCAGUGGUUGAAGGACAAGAUCCUGAGUGAGGAGGGUCGGCGCCAGCAGGCGAAGCUGAAAGAGCUGCAGGCCAUCGCCGAGCGACUCGGCUGCACCCUGCCGCAGCUCGCUAUCGCGUGGUGUUUGAGGAACGAAGGGGUGAGUUCUGUGCUCAUGGGGGCAUCCACUACUGACCAGCUAAUGGAGAACAUUGGGGCAAUACAGGUGCUCCCAAAGUUGUCGUCCUCGAUCGUGCACGAGGUGGAUAGUAUCCUAGGCAACAAGCCCUACACUAAGAAGGACUACCGCUCCUAGGGGAGGAGGAGGAGGAGGAGGAGAAGGAGAAGGAGGAAGAGGAGGAGGAGGAGAGCAAGGGGACUGGAGGGUUGCUGCGCUCCGGAGCUCCUUAGCACCUUCUCUCCAAAGCCUCAGCUUAACCCUGAACCAAGACUUGGGCAUGGCAGACUUAACACAGCCACAACGGUCCUGGGACGGACACCGCUGAAUGGAAAAACGGAGGAGGCUGGAAUCCACCG